AACGGCUUGCCAUACUCGUAACGUUACGCAGAUUGCAUCAUGGCUUCACGGGUGUCAUGCCGGAUUGCCCAAAAGUUCUCAAAAUUUCAGUAUCCAGGUUCAUUUUGGGAAAGACCCCGAAAAUCAUCAUUACUAUGUCAGAGGCAGUACUGCAGUGCUGGCAGUUCGUCUCCUGCAGGGGGUGUCCCCCUCACCCAGCCUCUUCCUGGGAUUGCGCAACCCGUAUACGCUGCUGUAUCGCAUGAUGUUGUGCACACGGACAUAACCACCUUAGACAAUGGGCUGAGAGUCGCCUCGAUGAACAAGUUUGGCCAGUUUUGUACAGUUGGAGUCUUAGUUAACUCUGGAUCAAGACAUGAAAUAGGUUAUCCAAAGGGUAUUGCACAUUUUAUGGAAAAGACAGCAUUUGGGGAAACAGAUAAGUUUGGAAGCAGAGAUGAAAUCCUCCAGUCAUUAGAACAGCAUGGUGGAAUAUGUGAUUGCCAAGCUUCAAGGGACACACUGGUAUAUGGGGUAUCUGCAAACAGAGAUGGUUUAGAAGAUGUCAUACACUUGCUGUCAGAGGUAGUAUUCAAACCCAAGCUCUCAGAUACAGAAAUUGAGGAUAGCAGGCAAGCAAUAUUGUUUGAAUUAGAAGCCCUUGACAUGGCACCAGAUCCAGAAAUAAUGAUGACAGAGCUUAUACAUGCAGCUGCUUAUCGUAACAACACACUAGGCCUCCCCAGGGUAUGCCCCGCCGAGAACAUUCCCCUUAUUGGACGCCCCACCCUCUUGCAAUACAUGAACAACUAUCUGGUCCCGGAGAGAAUGGUCCUGGCUGGGGUCGGCAUGGACCACCAAGCCCUGGUCGAUCUCGCCCAACAGUAUUUGGUCAACACGAAACCGACGUGGAGCUCCCCUGAGAUUCAGGAGAUGGGCGGAAGGAUUGAUAAUUCAAUAUCGCAAUAUACAGGAGGCGUACAGAAGAUCAGCAAGGACAUGUCCAACAUCGCCCCCGGUACCCCCAUCCCCGAACUGGCCCAUGUGGUCCUGGCCAUGGAGAGCUGUGGUCACCAGGAUCCCGACUUCAUCGCCUUUGCUGUCCUCAACAUGCUGAUGGGCGGAGGGGGUUCCUUCUCCGCUGGGGGUCCCGGGAAGGGGAUGUACACUCGUCUCUACCUCAACGUCUUGAAUAGGUACCACUGGAUGUACUCGGCUGCGGCUGUUCAUUAUAGCUACGAGGACAGCGGCAUCUUCUGCAUACAGGCGAGCUCUCAUCCUAGUAUGGUUCGAGAACUUAUAGAAGUUAUUGUCAGGGAAUUUGUGUACAUGGCAGGGAGAGUUGAAGAGGUUGAGCUAAGCAGAGCCAAGAGGCAGCUCCAAUCCAUGCUUAUGAUGAACCUAGAGUCAAGACCAGUCGUCUUUGAAGACAUCGGAAGACAGGUUCUUGCCACAGGGACUAGGAAGCACCCAAGGGAAUAUGUGGAGCUUAUUGAGAAAGUAACUGCUGCAGAUAUCAAGCGAGUGGCCAGCAGGAUGCUACAGUCCCAGCCAUCCGUUGCUGCGUUGGGUGAUCUCACUAAACUACCAGACCACGCAGAUAUCCAGUCAGGAUUGCUCCACAAAGAGGGUCGGCUGCCAAGAAAGUAUGCCUUCUUUAGGAGUGACGUACAAUAAAGAAAGAAAAAUGGAGAAGGGAUGAUGCGAGAAAAGGGAAUUUAUCAACCUCCUUGGAAUCUUUGGAAUCGUGCACCUCCUCCAAGACCAUUGAUAUAUUAACAGGGUGUGGAUUUUCCUGCUCCUCUAGCUAUCUCAUCUUUGACCUCUAGUCACUGCACUUUUCAUCAUUAAUGUGGUCUUUCUGGAAUCUGGAAUCAUUUAUCAAUUGCUUUCAUACUUUCAGUAGAACAUGUCAUGUGUGUCUGAACUAACAAACUUACAUGAUGAAGGACCCUGACUUCUUCAGAUUAAAAUGCCCUAUUCCUGCUCUGGUACAUGUACUGUAUAUAUAGUCUCCAACCUGGUACCUACUCUAAUAUAAACAGGAAAUGGCUUUCAAACUCUAUAUUUAUUAAAUUGGAGUAUCCUUUUCUCUUUAACCUAUUGCAACACAUGUAUAAGAAAUGCUGUUUUUCCAUCAUAUAAUGUGCUUUAAAAAUUAUGGAUAUUUCAUAAAGAUGUUCAUAUUAAAUGACCAUUGAUCAAUUUCAUGUGCUGAAGGAGCUCCUGUAUGGGAAUGAACUUUCUUUAAUGUUCUCAAAUGUUGGGGCAACUUUUCAUUCACCUGCUUGUUAACAAGAAGAAUUUCAAUCUAAAGAUUGGAUCUCGACCUUACCUGAUGGGAAUACAAAUUAUCUGAUCAAGGACAAGGAAGGGUCAUCAGCUGUCAUAGAGGCCAUGCCACCUUGUUCCGUGCAAGCCUUGUGGAUGAGUUGCAGACAAUUGCACGUAACUCACCCUGCAACAAGCUUGGAGUAUGUGCAAUACUCUUCUGUGGGCAAAUCAGACGUGUGUGCGCUCUGCAGGCAACUGCAUGCCAGAUACCUAUCAGAUACUGUCUAUGCUGGCGACCUGCGGGUUGCAAAUUGUCAUCAGCAAGUCACACGUACGCUUGCAUGGAAUGAUGUGACAGGUCCUAACUUAAAAUAGCUUUAUGACAUACUAUUCAGGUGGUUCAUUGCUCAAUAAUGGUGCAUUUGUGCAUGAUAUGUAAGGAUUUAAUAGUAAUGAUGAGGUAACUAUAACUUGCAUGUGAAUACUUAGUUGUACAUGGUGAAUGGCAAUAGAUCUUAGAUGCAUGUUAGGGAGUUCUUGCCACAUAUUGAUCUGUUUCUUUGCACUAUCUAAUUAGGCAUCAUGUGCAGUUGGCUCAAGAGUACUAACUAUGCUUGUAGUUUAUCCAUGAAAUAUUUUUAAAAGGUAACUUGUCAUUUUGAGUGCAAUCGACAAUCGACAAUAAGUUUUACUGAAAUCAGGUUCCCGUUUCAUGAAGACUUGUUAUGAUAACGAAUGGGCAAUUAUUGUAACAAGUUUACUAUCAGCCAAUCAAAUCAAAGGAUUUCAGUAGCUUAUAACAAAUUGUAUGAAGUGGGUUCAGUAUGGUGUCCAUGUGUGACCAGCCACCCCAAAACCAACAAUAAGUCACCAGGGAAGGUUCCCUGUAAAUAACCAAAAUAGUAAUUGGGUCUUCAAAAAAAAAAAAAAAAAAAGACCUUUUCAUAAUUUUAAGUUGUAAAGCUGAAUAGAAAACAAGAUACAAGAGUUUCUUUGACACUAGUUUUUUGCAGACUGCUUGGAAGUUUAUGAAAUUGCACAUUGUGCAUAUCUCAUGCGUGACUAAACCCUGAUCAUUGAAGAUUGUUUUCUCAUUUUUUUUUCAACCUCUCGCAGAAAUAUCUUCUGCAUUCAAUCAGAAGAAAUGAGGAUAUGCAAUCAAUAAUUAUGUAAAAUUUGUAAAUGAUUUGCUUUCUAGAUCAUAGGUUAUUACGAUCAUGCCAUCAGUCUAAUACCUGGGUCCCCUGGGUGUCUUUUUCACAAAACUUGUGACUGAGAAACAUCCAGUGGAUCCACUAAGUUUAUUCACAAUGAUGUGUUGUUUGGGAAACUUUCACAUACAAUGUUCUUUUUGUUUCUUUUAACGUUCCCUUAUCUGCAGUAAUUUGGACCUUAGAUUGAAUUGGUUUAUUAUUUUGUCUUUCCGGGGUCACAACAACAUUUUAGCCAAUUAUCGAUUCGAAAUUCAGUAUAACACAGCCCUGAGGCUCUAAUUUAGAUAUAGGGUUUUUUUUAAUGGAAAUUAGAAUCAUGUUUGCUUCUUUUCAACUUGCUAAAUUGUUAGUGAUGAUACCUGGUAUUAGUAGGACAAUUGAAAGGUUGAAAUGUGUAUUAGAAUUACAGUAAUCACACAAACUAAACUGUUUUUCAAUUUGCUAGUUAUGAAAGUUUUUAUGGGAUUUCACUCAAUCAUCUUACUUCAACUUGAAGUUCUAGCUAUGCAACAUAAUAUACUGCAAACCGAUAUUAGUAUCGCUUCUGAACCUCGUAUCUGGCUUCAGCGAGGUAUGCUGAUUAUUCAGUAUUUGUAAAGAUAAUAGACAAUAAGGCCCGUAUUCUGAAGUCGGGUUAAAUUUAAACUCUGGUUUAAAGUUGUGGUUUAACAAUGGAUAGCCAAUAGUGGCAUAAAAAACGUAUGAUUUUAAUGUAUCAGCUCAUUUUUCUCUCAAAUAAUUCUUAACUGUUUUUCGGAAGGAUAAAUAAGAUAGCUUUGUUCACCAUUCUCAAGCUAGGGAAGAGCAAAGUAAACAUAAAAAAACAUCCAAUGUCAGGAAAAUUUGACAUUUUUGGCUGUCCGAAAUUUUAGCACAGAGUUUGAAACCAUGGUCCAUUAAAGUUUAAUCCGAUUUCAGAAUACAGGCCUAUGUUUUCAAGGUGUAUUGUAAGAGAGGAAUAUUUUGUUUUCCUGACUCAGAACUUCACUUUCAGUUACCGGUACAUUGCCUUUACUCUGUUUUGAUACCUGGGGCCCAUCUUACAAAGACUUGCGAUUGAUCCAAUCAAUCGCAACUAUGGAAAGCCAGCAAAGUCAACAUAUAAAAUGCAUGUUUGCUCAAAUUUUUUCUAGACAUGAAUGUAUAUCCAGAAAUUCAUUGAUUUUUUGACAGUUCGGUGUGUUCUCCUUUGUUUACAAAGGACAUUUUGCACAUUUCCUGUAGAAAAAAUUAUGACACUGAUGGAUUUGCAUAGAGUUACGAUUGAUUUUCUGUUUGUAUGUCUGUCUCUCUGUUUUUAUAUCUGACUCUCUGUGAAUCUCUUUUCUAUUUUUUUCCUCCGUUCACCCCCCUUGCCCCCCCCUCUCACUCUCUCUCUCUCUCUCUCUCUCUCUCUCUGGCACUUUUAAUUUUACAUGUAUGUGUGCUCAUUACAUAAUAGCACAAGAAUAUUUUUCUUUUCAGGUUUUCAUAUUUUGUGAAGGUUUGUGUUUCAUUUUGACUUUAUCAUGAAGCUCAGUGAACACAAAUUGAUGUAUUUGUACAAGUAUAUAGAUAUUGAAACAUAUUCUUUGUAACAGAAAAGAAUCGAUUUGAUAUAACAAUGUGUAAUAUACACUAGUAUCAAUAAUUUCUUAAUGUACAAUAAAUAAAUUGUACAACUGUAA